AUGGGUGAGAGUUCGAUAACAGGAAUCUUAAUGGACAUGCCUCCAACACCAAAGAAGCUGACGGGGAGGGCUUUCUACGAGAGCAUCGGAAGUCCCAAGAUGAUUUUAGCUCCGAUGGUGGACAGAUCAGAAUUCGCUUGGAGAAUACUUACUCGAUCUUAUCUGGAACCCGAGGAAUCGAAAAGUCUGCUUGCAUACACACCGAUGCUACAUUCUCGCCUAUUUAAGGAGACGGCAAAGUUUCGCGACACACAUUUUCAGCCUACCAGAGAUAGUCUCAUCAAUCAUCGUGCUUCAUCCAGCAAGCCCUGGCUUGAUGGCAAUCCUGAAAUCGACCGACCCUUAUUCGUCCAGUUCUGCUCCAACGACCCUGAAGACCUCCUCGAUGCUGCUCGUUAUGUUGCACCAUACUGCGAUGCAGUUGACCUCAAUCUCGGCUGUCCACAAGGAAUAGCCCGGAGCGGACAUUAUGGCGCAUUCUUGCAAGAAGAUUGGAGCUUGAUAUACAAACUGAUCAACAAGCUGCAUGAAGAAUUGUCGAUACCUGUCACAGCAAAAUUUCGGAUCCUCGAGAGCAAGGAACGCACCCUCGAAUAUGCAAAAAUGAUACUCUCUGCUGGAGCAAGCAUUAUCACUGUUCAUGGCAGGCGGCGAGAACAAAAGGGCCACAAUAUGGGUCUUGCAGAUUGGUCUUAUAUUAGAUAUCUAAGGGAUCAUCUACCGUCAGAAACAGUCAUCUUUGCCAAUGGUAAUAUUCUCAACCGAGGCGACCUGCAGCCUUGCCUUGAUGCGACAGGCGCAGACGGCGUUAUGAGCGCUGAAGGCAAUCUUUCCGAUCCAACCAUAUUUGCCGUCCCUCCGCCGCCAGGACUUGCAGUGCGUGAGUACUGGAGAGGGGAGCGAGGUGAAGAGGGCUACAGAAUCGAUGCGGUAAUUCGACGCUAUCUGGACAUCAUAUACGAGUACGUCCUUGAAGAGGAACCACCACGGCGGCAACCCUUGUUCGUCCCAUUAGAUCCUCUAGAUGCUGAAAAGCAAGAGACGUCUGCAGAGCAGCAUAAUAACGAGGGUGGGCCGCCCAAAAAGAAACAAAAGAAGGACCGACAUGCCAAGGUAUUGUCUCCUAGCUUGAAGGCUAUGCAAGGUCAUCUGUUCCAGAUGCUCAGGCCUAUGGUCUCCAGCCAUACCGAAAUUCGUAAUGCUCUAGCGAAAUGCAGCGCUGGCGACAUACCAGCGUUUGAACGAGUACUAACAAUGAUCGAAAAUGCUGUAAAACAAGCUCUUCUGGGAGAAGCGCGGAAAGAGGUCGGUGAACAAUUGAAUGAGAAGGCGCACGAUGAGAAUCCCUCUGGUUGGAAGUCCACCGGUGCCAAAGCAGACACCAUCGCAACAUACAAGAGGCCCUGGUGGAUCUGUCAGCCUUUCAUACGCCCACUGCCACAACAAGCAAAAGAGUCAGGUGCACUAACAGCUAGCAAGAAGGACAUAGCAAGAAUGAAGAAUGAAGGUGACAAAGAAGACCAAGGACAUAUAGCGAGAGUUGACGGCAUCGAAAGCAAACAAGAGGGCACCGCUACUGCUCCUCAGAACGAGCUUCCAAAGGAGGCACUAGUCUGCGGCUGA